AUGUACAAUUCUCGUAAUAUGGCUUCAACAGCGCUCAAGCGCUUGAUGACUGAAUACAAAGGUACUAUCUUAUUUAAAAAUAAAAUAUCAAAGUUGAAUACUGAGUUAUCUCUGUCUUUUACAGAAUUGACACUGAACGCACCCGAAGGGAUAACUGCAGGGCCCAUAAACGAGGAAUCCUUUUUCGAAUGGGAAGCGCUUAUAGCCUUAACCGUUGAAUUUGAAAUUUCAAGUGGGCCUGAAGGAACGCCUUAUGAAGGUGGUAUCUUUCCUGCAGUGCUCCGAUUUCCAUCUGAUUAUCCAUUGUCACCUCCAACCAUGAAAUUUACAUGCGAUAUGUUUCAUCCUAAUGAUGGAAUGGUUUGCAUAUCAAUUCUUCAUCCACCCGGUGACGAUCCGAACAUGUAUGAAAGCUCUUCUGAGCGUUGGUCACCAGUUCAAA